GUGAGGGGGAAGUUGCACUUCCCCGGUUCAGACAGCAGGGCUGGAGCAGAUAUAAGCUCAGAUAGUGAUUGAAAGUGAUGGUAAAAGGAUUUAGCCUGGGCAUUAACUGAGAGGGAGAGAGAGAGAGGGAGAGAGAGAGAUAGGGAGGGAAUGAGAAAGAGGGGAGGGAGGAGGAGAAGGAGGGAGGGUGAUAUUUUCCAUAAAGCCUUUUUUUCCGUCUCUCUUUCUGCCCUUGAGCAUCCCGGGUAGACCCGAGCUUGUAAAGUGGGCAGAGGAGGAGGAGAGGGGGACAAGGGCGGGCACGAGCCUUUCCUCAAAGUCAAUAUUUUAUACUUUUGAUACUCCUCGCCGCCGGAUUUCAGUCCUUCUUCUUUUUGCGGCCGUUCACCACAUCUAGGACACCGACCGCAGACGUCCACGGUUGUGGUAGAAAAAAAAAGUAUCCCGCGAAGGACGAUCACAGGAGCUCCGCGGCGCUGAAGCAUCUAAUGGAUGUACCUGAAGACGCAGCAACUUCCCCAUCCCGCUUGACCAGCGCCUCCGUUUCCCCGCAGGACACCGCUUUCUGAGACAUGGAUCCGCAUUGACAUCUCCCACCAAUCUCCCCGAAACACUAUGGUUGAAGUGUAUGCCAAGAUCAAUCUCUGUAACAUUAUCCUCCUCUCCAUCCGCCCGUCUUCAGAAAGUCAGCCGUCAAAACAACACCGCCUCGCUCUCUCGGCGCUGUGGGGGCCGUCGAUGUUUGAGAAAAGACUCUGAAAGUCGUCGACUACCUUUCUCCUGUCAUUUGGGGAAUUUAUAAAUGCGGAGGCGAGUAAUAAGAAUUCACCUGUAUGCGGUACAGAGGUGCGGUGGUAGGAAUGGCCGCUAUUUCCGUAUGAUCGCCGCUCCAUGCGCCUCACCUGCCCUCUGAGCCCCGUGGCCCCCUCACCCUGCGCCGGACCCCGCUCCACACACCACCCCAGCCUGCCAUGCUCCUCCAGGACGCGCUGCUGCCGCCGCUGCUGCUGCUGCUGCACUGCUUGGCCUCCACCCUGGGCCAGUACGAACUGUGCAAGUCCCUGGUGAGCACGGACGAGGGCUCGGUGUGGGAGCAUUACGCGUGCCAGCCGAAGCCCGCGUCCAUGCGGGACUACAUGCGCAUCAAGGUGGAUCCGCCCGGAAUCACGUGUGGAAAUCCGCCCGAGAGGUUCUGCACUUUGGAGAACCCGUACCUGUGCAGCGAUGAGUGCGACGCCUCCAACCCCGACUUGGCCCACCCCCCUCAGCUGAUGCAGGACCGCGAGCGCAGCGGCCUCAUCACCUACUGGCAAACGGUCACAUGGAGGCACCACCCGAAGCCCCUGCUGGCCAACAUCACCCUGUCGUGGAACAAGAGCCUGGAGCUCACGGACGACGUCCAGAUCACCUUCGAGUACGGCCGGCCCACCGUCAUGGUCCUGGAUAAGUCCAUGGACUACGGGCGCUCCUGGCAGCCUUACCAGUAUUACGCCGACGACUGCCUGGACGCCUUCAACAUGCCGCCACGGCGCGCCCGCGACCUGUCGCCCGCCAACAUCACGCGGGUCAUCUGCACCGAGCAGUACUCGCGCUGGGUGGGCUCCAAGAACGACAAGAACGUGAGGUUCGAGGUGCGGGCGCGCUUCGCCGUGUUCGCCGGCCCGCGGCUGCAGAACAUGGACAGUCUGUACACGCGCAUGGAGAGUAUGAAGGGACUGAGGGACUUCUUCACCUUCACCAACCUUAGGCUGAGGCUUCUCAGGCCCGCCCUCGGAGGCACCUACGUCCAGAGGGACAACCUGCUCAAGUACUUCUAUGCCAUUUCCAACAUCGAGGUACCUGCCAGGUGUAAGUGUAACCUCCACGCCUCCCAGUGCCUGCUGCAGGACGGAAACCUCCAGUGCCAGUGCGAGCACAACACCACGGGGCAGGACUGCCAGCGCUGCAGGAAGGGCUUCAAAGCCAAGUCCUGGAAGGCCGGUUCCUACCUGCCGGCGCCCAACGGAACCCCCAACACCUGUACAAUUGCUGGUUCGCCCUCCGGUUCCAAGUCGGGCGCCCCGGGUGGCUCAGUUUCUGGAUUUGGACAAACACUUUUCAGUACUUUUAAUCCCGGCGCUGAUCUAAGAGAAGCGUUCUCUCCAUCGCAGGAGCUCAGACUUUUCCUGGCACCAGGGGAGUUCACACACGCAGAAUCCCUUUCCCAACAUUCCCAGCUGGCUCACAGGGUCCCGAAGGAGCCCGCACUCCAUUCGGCUGCCGAUCGCCAUCUCCCCCAUUCGCUCCCAUUAGAGGCCGUCCUCCAUUCCCAGACUGGGGUUGACCAUCAGACAAGCGAGUUUAACGCCGAGGAAAAACACUCAGGGCCGAGACACAGUGAGAGCGAAGCCUUCGUUGCGUCUGAGGAUGGCGUGCGAGGCACCCACCGCCAUCAGACCUCAUCUGAACAUAGAGGGGAGACGGGGGAGGAGGAAAAGCAGGCCGAACCCACAGCCAGUUGUGGUGUUUCAGCGUCCCAUAAGUCUGAGCAGCGUGUGCUUCAGAGUCAAGACCACGAAACAUCUGAGCGCCAGGGGGAAAGAGAAGAGGAGGAACAGAGCCACGUUUCUCACAUGUCUGAGGGACACGUGCAUGAGACCCACGUCCACAAAACAAGACCUUCAUCUGAGCACGAGAGGGAAACGGAGCAGGAGGAUCAGAAAGGCAGGAACGAGAGGAAAGUUCCCCAUCAGCUCGAAGGACGCGUGCAUGAGGCUCACGGCCACGAAAUCCACUCAUCUGAGCGUAUGGAGGAGAGACAGAGAAACACUGGGCUAACAGCCUCCCACGGGUUGAAAGAGCCUCUGCAUGAGAUUCAUGGCCACAAAGCAACGACCUCAUCUGAGCACGAGCAGAAUGAAAGGAAUGCUGAAACCACAGUUCCUCACACGUCUGAGCGACACGCCGACGGGCAUCAUGGCCGCACAAGUGAGGAGCAUGAAGUUGCCCACAAGUCUGAGGGACACGAGAGUCGUGGCCACAAAACCCCAAAAUCUGGACGAGGAGAGGAAGAGGAGGAAAAACAGAGGACAGCCUACCAUAAGCCUGAGGAGCAUGUAGAUGAGAUUCAUGCCCACAAAACAGGCACCUCAGCGGAGCACAGCGUGCCCCCCGAGCCUGAGGAACACGGGACUCAUCACAAAACAACAGCCUCGCGUGAACACGGGGAGGAGAUGCACGGAGAAAGAGAAGUCCCUCACGCGCCCAAGGAACACGUCCACGAGAGUCACGGCCACAAAACAACCUCAUCUCAGCACGGAGCGGAAAGGCACACGCGCAGGAAAGUCUCCCACAGUAUUAAAGGAUACAAACAUGGAACUCAUGGCCACAAAACCACAGCCUCAUCGAAGCAUGGGAAGGAAGGGGAGGAGGAGGAAAGGGAGGGACACGCUCAAAAACAAGGGCUUUUGAAGCUCUUGAUCUCAGGGGAGCCCCAGGCCAGACAGUUGUUUGGGAUCAUCUACGAUGAUUUCAAAGACUGCGAGUGUUACGGUCACUCCAACCGCUGCAGCUACAUCGACUACCUGAACAUCGUCACAUGCGUGAGCUGCAAGCACAACACCCGGGGCCAGAACUGUCAGCUCUGCAGAAUGGGAUACUUCCGCAACGCCUCCGCCGAACUGGACGACGAGAGCAUCUGCAUCGAGUGUAACUGCAACCACAUGGGCUCCCUGCACGACCGCUGCAAUGACACAGGCUUCUGCCAGUGUAAAGAAGGCACCGUGGGGGCCAAGUGUGACGACUGUCUGCCAGGCUACCACUGGAAGCACGGCUGCUACACCAACGUUUGUGACGAGGAGAUGCUCCUGUGCCAGAACGGAGGAACGUGCUACCAGAACCAGAAGUGCAUCUGUCCCCCGGAGUUCAAGGGGGUGCAGUGCCAGCACUCGCGCUGCGAGGCCGGGAAGGACUGCAACGCCGCCUCUUCGCCGCACCUCUCCGUGGCCACGCUGCUGCUCUGCACUCUGCUGCUCCCCCUGCUGGCCACGUUAACGCCCCACUGAGCCCCCCCCCACCACCACCACCACACACACACACACACACACACACACACACACAAUCAAUUCCUCUCAGACCAAGGAGUGUGUGUAUGUGUGUGUACAUGAGGUGAGACCCAAAGUGGGUAGAGACCGUCGCACACACCGCAGCACUCACACAAGUGCGCACGCGCUCACAGAACACGGACCAGCGCCGGUCUCCAAUCAAACACACACACACACACCUAACUGACUGUUAUGAUACAGAGUACGUGCUCAGGUGUGAGAAGGAAAAAGGGGAGCGACCUCAGAGGAAAGCGGAAACAUCAUACCAACCACUGUUCCCUUUAUUCCUGAGAUGGAGCAAUGUGCAUCAAACCAAAAAGCAUAAACAGAACACUUAAGUCACCACUGUUUCACUUCAAAGGGAAUGGCUGUUGUAACCACAACAUUUUUCUUCUUCUUCAGUUAAUUAUCAUUUCAUUUCUACGCUGUUUUUUUCCCCUCUUGGUUGAGUUGAGGAUCACGCCUCAGACUCGACCAUGGGAUGUUGACGGACGGAGGGACGGGCCGGGGGAUGAGGUGCACGUUUGAUCCUCCUGUUGAGGCCUAUGUGGAAUGUUAACCAGGUUUCAUUUUUCCCCAAAAGAUGAGACUUUUUCGAGAUUUUACAUUUAUUCUAUUCUGCUGCUUUUCUAAAAAAAUUAUAUCAGUCAUUGUAUCUAAUGUGCCCACUAACAGUCUGAGAUUAUACGUACUAUAUAAUAUCCAGGGGAUUACGAAUUAUUAAAAAAAAACCUAGUCACUAUUAUGGUUGUUAUAGGAAUGAGUGAUUGUUGCCACACUUAGAGUUUAUCUUCUCACAGUAUUCAGGACGUUUAACAGAAUUUAACUUAUCAAAAGUUUAAAAAAAGAGAGAGAAUAAAGAUAUAAUAAAGAUAUCAACCACGUAUCAUAUUAUAUGACAUUAUUUGAAUAUUUUUUGUAGGAAUUAUUUUUGUUUGGAGUUACAAUAAAUUAUAAAAAUUACAUUUACAA